AUGAAUUUUGAAAACAGAUGGGUCUUGAGAUCCGCUUUGAACUUCGCAAUUGAUGGAGAAGUAGUCAGAGAAGUACGUAGAGAGUUCCAGAGAAAAGGACCAGAAAAAGCAGAAGCAGACUUGGAAAAAGAGUGUUUAACACGAGUUAAGAAAAAGCGAGAAGAAGAAGACGAUCGUAAACCGGGGCGUUUAGUAUUUUUACAGCACUUAAUCCACGUAUGCACAAAUACGAGGAUGGAAAUGAAGGCAAGAAUCGUUGAACAAAUGACCACAAUCCCGAGUACAACAAAGGGAUUUGCUUUUGUAGCCAAAUACAUUUCUUUGCGUCUGGAAGAUUUUGAGUUUUGUUCACAAAUUGACAAUAAAGUUGAUGGGUAUCCGCAUAUGAGCAAUCACAUGAAGUUAAAAAGAAAAAGAACGGCGUUCCUAACUAUGCUCAGCAAAUUGACCUUGUCAUUUAUUGACGGUCUUUGCUGUGACCAAUCAAAUUGGAAAUUUAGUUGUUUUGAAAAGAAAUAG